AUGCUCGUCUUGUGCCUGGUGCUCCUGUGCACCUUUUUUGUGGGAGUCUUCGUCUGGACUGUCCUCCAGCAUUUCCUCACCGUAGAUGUCCUCUCUACCUUGCAACAUCCCGCCAAGUUCAGAUUUCUGCAUUGCCUGUUCCUGUAUGCUUUAACUUUGGGGAAUAUAUUUGAGAGGCUGGGAAUCUGCUCCAGGCCCAGAUUUACCCAGUUAUUGCAUGGUUUUGUGAGAACAAAAAAGGAUGCUAGACUUGUAGUGACUGACCUGUAUUUUGGGACCAUACCUGUGAGGCUGUUCCAAUCCAAGGCAGAGUCCUCCAGCCCCUGGUGAGGCAUCAUCUUCCACGGAGGAGGCGGGUUCACGGGGAAUUUGGACUUGUACCACAACCUGUGCAAUUUUCUGGCCCUGGAGACUGAUUCUGUGCUGCUGCCGAUUGGGUACAGCAAGCUUCCUGAUCACCAUUACCCCAGCAUUUUCUGAGAUUGCCUGAAUGCCUCCAUUCACUUCCUGAAGGCCCUGGAAACCUACAGGGUGGACCCCUCCCGGGUUGUGAUCUGUGGAGACAGCACUGGGAGAGCGUAUGUGGUCUGUGUCACCCAGGCCCUGGUGGGCAGAUCAGAUAUUCCCCAGAUCCGGGCCCAGGUCCUGAUUUAUCCACUUGUUCAGAUCAUCAGUUUGCAGCUGCCAUCUUACUGGCAGAGCAGAAAUGUCCUCCUGCCCCAGAAGUUCAUGAUGACAUGUAUGUUUAAAUAUAUGGUUAUCGACUUUCACUGGUGGGAAGCCAUCUUGGAUGGUGCCUUCAUGCCCCCAGACUUCUGGAGGAAGUACAAGCAGUGGCUCAGCUCUGACAACAUACCCAGGAGAUUCAUGAAGAUGCGCCACCAACCUGUGUUUCCCGGCCCUUUUAAUGGGGCUCCCUAUCUGGAAAACAAACAUCUUUUGGAUGUAGAAAAUGCCCCUCUGAUAAGAGAUGAUGAGACCAUUGCUCAGCUUCCCAAGGCCUUCCUGGUGAGCUGUGAGCAUGACAUCCUCCGUGAUGACACCUUGCUCUAUAUGAAGCGCUUGGAGGACCAGAGGGUCCCCGUGAUGUGGUAUCAUGUAGAGGAUGGCUUUCAUGGGUCCCUACUGCUUUUUGACAAGGAACUUUUCUUGUUCCUGUGCUCCCUGAAAAUUGUGAAUGCUAUAGCCAAUUAUAUAUAG